AUGUUUAUCCGUCAACAUAAGCGGCGAGGAGUCACAUCACUUAUCUUCCUUUCUGCGAUCUCCAUCAAAUGCGUGCUUUCGGCUGUUCCCGGUGGAUUGGAUGCUUCGUAUAGUGAUGUGCCGCCGGAUAUAGGCAUUGCGUUCUAUGCCUGUAAUGAACAAUUCAAUCGUAAAGUCAGAGUGCUGGAAUCACUUUCUUGGUCUGUUAUGCGACUUCGUGAUGAUCUGAUACUAUUACGACCGGAUUUACGUCAAUCUAAUGACUCAUCGGAAAUCAUAAAAGCAAACAUAAAAGAGUGCGGUAAACUCAUCGAUGAUCUUGAACUUGUAAGUAGUGCAAGUAGAGAUUACGACGAACUCAGAGAGAUGCUUAAUGACUACCGUGGCAUAACGCGACGCCUCAAACGGGAACAGGUAAAACCCGAAACGCCAGCUGAGCUCAAUACGGAACUGAUGCAUCUGGAACAAGUAUUCGAAAAGAAAAAGGUCUUCGCAUCCGAUGUUUUACGUUCCGAUACUGCGCAUCAUUACAGAGAAAUUGCCAAACGAGCACUAACAUUUAUUCGACAACAUCAGAUUAACAAGUCGAGGUCUCCUCACUUUCGUGUUCAAGAGUUAUGGAGGGAGACGGAGGCAAAUCCGCCGGCAUCCGAGGCAGAUUUGGUGGGCGAUAUAGAACAACCUGCCGAAGCGGAUAGUAACACAGAAUCCGAGGGAGGCAACGAAAUGAUGCGGAAAAUACUAAACGAUCGCUCUGAAUUAAGAUCUUUUUAUAAGGUUCAGGCAGACGCAAAAAAAAUAUUGGAUAUGGUACAUGAGUCUUUGAUGAAUGAUGCAGAAGGGGAUGCAGAAAAUAGUCCUCCCGAUUCAAAUAAGCAUAUUCUCAAAUAUAUUCCAUCUAGAUACGAUAAGUCUUAUGACGACAUUAAAGACGUAAUAAAUGCAUGGAAUGUUUACAAACGUUACAAUGACAUCAGUGAUAAAAUGGGAAAGGUAUAUCCAAAAACACCUCAAGCAGUUGAAUUGAUCAGAGAGCAGAAGAGACUCGAGGUGGCGUUCGAAGAGUAUGCAUUUCUCUUACGAUCCAGCACUCUAGAGGACCUUUGGAGGGAACUGUCGCAUAUUCUUCAUGGUUUGGAGCUGUAUGCAAUUAACAAAUACCCCAAACCUAAGAGGCAUGGGACCACACUAUCAGCAGAGGAAACCAACCAUCAGAUUACAGAUGAGGAGAAAGUCACAGGUGGAUCAUACAAAACAGUAUCUAAAUAUGGAAUUGCCAGCCAUAUGCGCAUCAGAAAGGUAGACCUCUCCUCAAGGUUUCUGACACUGGGAAUUGGGGUUGUUCAAACACUGACCGCACUGGUUAUGAUUGCGGUGGUGUGA